CCAUUCCUCUCAUACUCGAACACUUCACCUCCUCCCACCGCCUUCUAGUCAGCAUGGCCGCCACCGCCGUCUCCGCAUCCACCUUCGUUGGACAGGCUUUGGGCCUGUCCGGCAAUGCCCUCACCCAGAAGGUGAAUGUUGGUGAGGCCCGCGUUGUCAUGCGCAAGACCUCGAAGGCCGCCGCCCCCGCCUCCAUCUGGUACGGUGAGGACCGACCCAAGUACUUGGGCCCAUUCUCCGGAGCUACCCCCUCGUACCUGACUGGUGAGUUCCCCGGUGACUACGGAUGGGACACUGCAGGACUCUCUGCUGACCCCGAGACCUUCGCCAAGAACCGUGAAUUGGAGGUGAUCCACGCUCGAUGGGCCAUGUUGGGAGCUCUGGGAUGCGUUUUCCCCGAGUUGUUGGCCAAGAACGGUGUGAAGUUCGGAGAGGCAGUGUGGUUCAAGGCUGGAUCACAGAUCUUCGCUGAGGGAGGUUUGGACUACCUCGGUAACUCGAGCCUCGUCCACGCCCAGAGCAUUCUGGCCAUCUGGGCUUGCCAGGUUGUGCUCAUGGGAGCCAUCGAGGGAUACAGAGUAGCAGGAGGUCCUUUGGGUGAUGUCGUCGACCCCAUCUACCCCGGAGGCUCAUUCGACCCCCUGAACUUGGCUGAGGACCCAGACACCUUCGCCGAGCUGAAGGUCAAGGAGCUGAAGAACGGAAGGCUCGCCAUGUUCUCCAUGUUCGGAUUCUUCGUCCAGGCUAUCGUUACCGGAAAGGGUCCCAUCGAGAACCUGUCCGACCACUUGGCUGACCCCGUUGCCAACAACGCCUGGGCCUACGCCACCACCUUCACCCCCGGAAACUAGACGAAAAUCCUUCAGCUGUGAGAUUAGGCAUUUGGAGCUGGCGAGGAGAUGGCCUGCCACGGAACUCAAAAGUCCGUCGGCACCAGGUGUAUAUAGUUGCUUCGUAGGUUACUUCAAAGCUGCCAAUCGCUACCUGGAGUAGCUCCUGUGAUUCGCCUUCUCUAAUAAAUCUAUCUCAUUUUGUACAAAAAA